AUGCAGCCAGCCCGAGGCAUUCUAUCCUGUUCAUCUUGUCGACAGAGAAACAACUGCGUCACCAGAAAUGUCAGCUGCGUAUACCAAGCAUGGCCUAGAGGGAGGGCCCCCGUCGCCCAAAGGCGCGAUACGGUUCAAGUGAAUCAACAGUUGGAUGCGCGCGUACGCCAGCUCGAGCAGCUUCUCGGUAACAUCGUCUCUCAGAUGCCCGGUGAUCGUCAGGUUGCGACCUCUCAGAGUUCUGGUGACGUUGCUAGUUCGGAGAAUAUAAUCCCUAGUGGAACCUCUCCUCAACACCUGGCCUUGGGUUCUCCUCCUAAUAGGGAGCUCGAGGUCAAGCCUGGUCGGAUGGUGUCGAGCAACACUGAGAUGAUAUACGUCUCAGGCAGUCACUGGACAGCAAUAUGCACUGAGGUUGAGAAAAUCAGAGAGCACCUUGAUCGAGGCGACGCCGCUGCGCAAGUGGACGACCAAGACCCGAGCCAAAGCGACGGACCCAUGCUUCUUGAAGGCGUAGGGCAAAUAUCAGAUAUUGAAACUAUCAUGGCCGACAUUCCACCAAAGGAUGUAGUCGACAGACUUGUCUCUCGCUACUUCAACUCCACAGAACCAUCAACCAGUAUAAAUCCUCCUAAACCACAAACACUUGGUACUAAUGAUAUCCAGUAUAAGCAGUUCUGGCUCGACCCAAAAGGCGCUUCUCUUCAGUGGGUUGCCAUACUCUUUGGCGUCAUGGAGAUGGGGGUGUUUCUAUACAUGCGGGUUCAAGACGACCUGCCGGGAGAUUUGGGCAACCCCAAAGACCUCAUGGAGCUGUUCCAUCGCCGUUCCACCGAGUGUCUCUUGCUGUCCAAAUACUCGACUGCCCCUGGCAUCUACUCGUUGGAGGCUCUUUUGUUCAACAUCCAGGGUGAAUUCAUACGACGUCGAGAUGCCCAUCUGGGCGUGUGGAUCCUAGGUGGUGUUGCUAUCCGUCUGGCGAUGCGGAUGGGAUAUCACCGUGAUCCUGACAAGCACCCUCGUAUCACGCCCUUCCAAGGCGAGAUGCGACGUCGGACAUGGGCGCUCGUUUUACAACUUGAUAUCUUGACCUCGUGCCAGCUCGGGCUACCUUGUUUAAUACAGGAACAUCAAUGCGAUACACGACCUCCAAGCAACCUUCUCGAUGACGACUUUGGUCCUCAUUCAGCUCAGCUUCCUCCCCCGCGACCCGAGACACAAAUGACCCCCGUCUUGUACACCAUCACAAAACUAAAGCUAUCCUCCGUCUUCCGGACGAUAUUCAACCAGGUCUCUCUGGGGAGGACAGAAGCAUACGACGAGAUCAUGGCACUGGACCAGCGGCUCCACAGUGCGCAGCGAGCCAUGCCUCCCAAGUUUCACAUGGCCAACCCGGAAGACUCCAUCACUGAAGCCCCUUACAUUCUGAUCCGGCGCUACAACAUGGAGCUCCUAUUCCAAAAGUCGCGGUGCAUGCUCCACCGCCAUCACAUGGCCAAGGCCUACCAAGAUCCUGCCUUCAAUUACUCGAGGACUUCCUGCGUCGAGGCAGCCAUGGCACUCCUAACGCAUCAAGCCAACAUCUCCAAAGAGAUUCAAGUCGGAGGGCGGUUGUACCGGGAUAGAUGGUUUGUCUCUUCCUUGGAACAACACGAUUUUUCUUUGGCGUCGAUGAUCAUCUGCCUCGAGCUCAGUUCACGAUCCAACGAGCAAUCCAACCCUCCAGCACCAGAUGAUCAACAGGGUUUCUUAAUGUUUAGUCGGGAAGCUAUGGUUGAGGCUCUAGAAAGCUCUCGCCGCUUCUGGGAAGCUUUCAAGGUGGGUUCUAAUGAGGCACGGCAGGCUUUUGACAUGCUCUCAGUCAUGUUAGACAAAGUCUCGACGAAUCCAAGCGUUCAGGAGAACCCGCAGCUUCCAACGGCCCUGGACAUAACCGAUGCACUUCAGGCUCAAAUUUCAAACAGUGGUUAG